AUGACGGCACUUAAUCCUCCAUUAUAUGCUACCAUUGAUGAGUUAUACUCACGUGUCUGUAGUGGUGGAAUCCUUGUCGAUGAGGGAAAUGUGUGGUUUGCUAUGGAUGAUAAUGGAAAGUAUCAAGAGAUGAUAUCUGCAAUGAAGUUCAUGCAUCUAGAUCCAAAAAAAUAUGAAAUGAUCGCCUUACGUGAAUCUAGUCCAACAUGCAGAUUCCCAAUGGUAGUCAAGAUUUUCAAUGCAUCAAAGCUUAAUAUGCAAGUGAAGAUUACCACACAAUUUCUAUCAUCCGGAGUAACAUAUGCAGCUUACCUCCGAUGCAAACACAAAUAUUCUCCUGACUAUCCAAUAAUCAGGAGUCUAAAGUAUACACUGAACAACCAAAGCCAAUCUUAUAAAUCAUAUUGUGGAGAUUAUAAAGACGGAUGGAUGAUGUUGGAACUCUUUCAAACCACCAGUAUUAAACAUGAUGUAGAAUUCAAUGUUUCACUACAGGGAUUUUGUUUGGCUAACUUUUUGGGUGACGAUGAAGUUAUUGUUGAAGGUAUCGUGUUUUUGCCAAUACAAAAGUUUGAAGAUGAAAUAAAAGACCAAAAUAUGGAAAAUCCCCUAACAAGUGAGAUAGAAUGGUCACGUCAUUUGCCAAGUGACUAUGAACAUUUCGUAUAUUUAGGUAAAAAUAUAGUGAAAAGGCUUCAAGAUUUAUUCAUCGCCGAAACCAAAGAGGAGGCAUUCUCCAUGCUUACUAAGGGAGUCCAUAUCAAGAUCGAAGGUGAUAUGGACGUGUGGUUUUGGAUAACCAAAUCAAAUGGCAAGAAAUGUUUUAUGCUUUCGCCAGAGUCUAUACAAGCUUCUAACCAGGACAAGCUGAAAGUUAGGCACAAAAAUGAAUCAAGAUUCAGAUAUGUAUUACAAAUGAAGUCUAAUCUAUAUGGCAUACAUAUGUCAUUCAAGAUCAGGAGUCCUCUUUUUUCAUCAAAGACUACUUAUGCGUGUUACCUCGUGUACAAAAUACAUGUACAUUUGCAAAAUCCAUUGAGAGUGACUAUCAAACAACGCAUGUUAAAACUACCACGUGGUGAUAAUGAUUUCCGAAAUAACCACCGAAGGUAUAAUCAAGAAAAAUUUGUGUAUUUGAGUUUACCUCAAAGCCCAAUAAUUGAACCGGAUGGUGCACUAAGAUCAUGUGGCACAAUCAAUAAACCCGAAAUGAUAGAAUUUCCAAGAAAGAGAGAAGAUGGUUGGUGGGAGGUGAGGUUGGGGGAAUUCGUUACACAUGAUAAUGAGCAGAUGGUCCAAUGUUCUCGACCACGGAAUUCUACAUCCGUACCAGCUUUUCCCCAUGCAAAUGCAGAUGAGAUAACGAUCAAAUUUGCUAAGAUAGCACAAGCUUUAAAUAUGUUAGAUUCAGAUGACAAAGAUAUGGAAAAGAUGCCAAUGAAAGAUUAG